AUGGAAAGUUUUUUUUCUUUCUCUCUCUCUCUCUCUCUCUCUCUCACCAUAAGACAUACUGAUAAUAUCAAUCAUUGGUUGACUGCAAUGGAGGAAAUUGGAUUGCCCUCGAUUUUUUAUCCUGAAACAACAGAUAUAUAUGAUAAAAAAAAUGUACCACGAGCAAUUUAUUGUGUACAUGCUCUUAGCUUAUAUUUAUUCAAACUUGGACUAGCACCACAAAUACAAGAUCUUUAUGGGAAAAUAAAUUUCACUGAGGAGGAGAUCAGCAAUAUGAGGAUAGAAUUGGAAAAAUAUGGUAUCCAGAUGCCCUCUUUUGGAAAGAUUGGUGGAAUUUUGGCCAGUGAAUUGUCUGUUGAUGAUGCUGCACUACAUGCAGCUAUAAUUGCUAUAAAUGAUGCUAUUGAACACGAAGAUGCUCUAGAAACAACAAAAGCUCUCCAGAAUCCAGCUGCUAUGUUGGUCAAUUGUGUAGAAAAAUUUUCAGACUCUUACCAAAUUGUGUUGUCAGAGGCUAAACAAAUAAAAGCUGAAAAUGCUCGGAACAAGAGUAUUGAUCCAAACAGUACAUAUGAAGCUGAUGUUUAUGAUGAAUUAUUAACCCAAGCUGAAAUUCAAGGUUAUAUAAAUAAAGUUAAUACUCUUAUGUGCUUGGAUUGUUUAAAUGAUGCAAUUUUGAAAAAUGAUGAGAUAGCUCUAUUGAAUGCCUUGACAUCAAAUUUCCUUGCUUUGAAGAAUGUUAAUGCCAAUAACAUUGACUUUUACAUGAAGACUCUGCAAGAAGCCCUUGAACUAAAAAAGAACAAUAAUGGUGGUGAUGUUAGACUGGACAAGGAUGAUAUUCAAAUUGCUACAAAUGUUGCCAAUGAAGAUGCUGAUAUAGAAUACCAAAAACAAACAGCAGUAAAAAAUAUCAACAAUUGUAUUGAGAAUGGAGAUGCAAUGCAACUUAUGAGAGCUCUCCAACAUCCAGCAGCACUUUUGAAUCCUGUUGAUGACACUGCACCAAUGUUGUACUAUGAUGAAUUUUGCAGUAUUAGAAAUGAAAAACAAGCAUCUUUGGAGUAUCAUGAAAUUUUUAAUGCUGUUAAAAUACUUUCAGCUAUUGCUGCUAUAAAUGUAGCCAUUGAUCAAAGAAAUACUCAGACAUUAUAUAAUGCCCUGUGCAACCCAAAUGCACACAUUACAGGGCUGGACAUUGAACUUAGUGAGAAAUAUAUGAAUGGUUUAGUUAAUGAGAAACAAAGGAAGAUUGGGGUGCCCUGUGAACAACUCACUCAUCAUGAAAUAGUGAUGUGUAUAGAAAAAGUUCAUCAGCAAGUACAAGAGGAACAUGAAAGGAUUCAUGCUAUUGGUUUAAUCAAUGAUGCCAUCUCCAAAGGUGACCUGAUGUCCACACUAGCAGCCCUGCAACUGCCUGCUGCACAACUCAAAGAUGUGAGAGAGCAGCAGGCACAACAGUAUUUAAUUAUGCUUACUAGUAAGAAAAAGAAGAAAGCUCAGGAAACUCAAGAUGAAGACAUUGUCCUUUGGCUUGAGGAAAUCCAGGAAACUGUUCUUGAGGCUAACAGGGAUGAAGAAGAAACCAUAAAAAUGUCUGUUGGUAUCAAAGACAUCAAUGCUAACCUUGAUCAGCAUUCCUCUGAAGUCUUAUUACAAUCUUUACAAUCUCCUCAUGUCCAACUGCAAAAUUUACGUCCUUCUUGUGCUAAUGAGUAUAUGGAACAGUUGAAAGCAUUACGCAAAGAAAAAGCAACAUUGGGAGAAACUGGAACUGGGUGGAUGAUGAAUAAAUCCAAUCGAGGCUUCAAGUUCUACUACAAUGUGAAUACUGGUGAAUAUGCUUGGGCGCGAAAUGAAAACAUUGUUAAGGAUUUUUCUCUCUUGACUAAAGAAGAAAUUCAGACUGUCCUCACAGAUGUUCAAGAAGCAUAUGACAGAGAGCUCCUGUUUCAAGCUAAUGAAGGUUUUAUAAUCUUAGUACAAGCUCUUAUCCGGGGUUAUCUCACAAGAAAAGCAUUCAAUGAUAGGUUAUUUUAUAUAAGGUCUCAAAUUCCUGCUAUAACAAAGAUUCAGGCAUUUUGGAAAGGUACUCAUCAACGUAAGCUUUACAAUGACAGGAGACAGUAUCUUAAAGAUAACACUGAAGCUAUUAUCAAGUUGCAAGGGAUGACCAGGAUGCAUUUGGCUAGAAAGCAAUACAGAAAUAGGCUUAAAUAUUUUAGAGAUAAUAUAAAUGCCAUUGUAAAAAUUCAAGCAUUUGUCAGAUCCAAUCUUGCAAGACAUGAUUACAAAUCUUUAGUUAAUGAUGAUAAUCCACCAUUGUCAGUUGUCCGCAAAUUUGUCCCUCUUCUUGAUGCCAGUGAUGCUGACUAUGCAGAGGAGCUGGAAUUACAGAAACUACGACAACAGGUAGUGUCAGAUAUUCGUUCCAAUCAACAACUGGAACAUGAUCUUGAUCAAAUGGAUAUUAAAAUUGGUUUGCUGAUUAAGAAUCGAAUCACACUACAGGAUGUCGUGUCACAUAAUCGUAAGUUGAAGAAGCACACUGAGCGUACACCUGUAAUGGCCAGAGGAUUAAAAGCAUUGAGUAAGGAGAGCCGAGAAACAUUGGAUGCUUAUCAACAUUUGUUUUAUUUGUUACAAACUCACCCAUCAUAUCUGGCCAAGUUGAUCUUUGAAAUGCCUCAAAGUAAAACAACAAAGUUCAUGGAAUCUGUGAUUUUUUCUUUGUUCAACUAUGGCUCAAAUGCAAGAGAAGAAUUUCUCCUGCUCCGCCUAUUCAAAACAGCUUUGGAAGAAGAAAUUACCUCAAAAGUGGACAAAAUGUCUGAUAUUGUGACUGGAAAUCCAAUGGUAAUUAAAAUGAUUGUUGGAUUUAACCGAAACCCUAGAGGGCAAAGUGCACUUCGUGACCUUCUACAUCCGUUGAUAAAAGAAGUUCUUGAUGAUAAAGAGUUUAUGAUUAACACCAAUCCUGUAGAUGUUUACAAGAAUUGGGUAAACCAGAAAGAAUCUCAGACUGGCCUACCAAGUGGAUUGCCAUAUCAUGUAACAAGUGAACAGGCCAUGGCACAUGUUGAAGUACAAAAGCUAAUCCAAGAAUCUAUUGUAAAAUUGCAAAAAGCAACUGACAAAUUCCUUCACACAAUUACACAAUCAAUGGAUAAAAUUCCUUAUGGUAUGCGAUAUAUGGCUAAAGUACUAAAAGCAGCUUUGUGGAAAAAAUUCCCCCUGGCACCAGAAAAAGAUGUUCUUAAAAUUGUGGGCAAUCUUAUUUAUUAUCGUUAUAUCAAUUCUGCCAUUGUGGCUCCAGAUGCUUUCGACAUUAUUGAUAUUGGAGCCAACAAAGCUCUUAGUUCUGACCAGAGACGGAAUCUUGGUUCCAUUGCCAAAAUUCUUCAAUUUGCUGCUUCCAACAAAGGUUUUGCUGGAGACAGUGCACAUCUUUCUUGUAUGAAUGAUUACAUCAGAGAAGCACAUAAAAAAUUUAAAAACUUUUUCCAAGUUGCUUGUGAAGUAGAGGACCCUGAAAACCACUUCAAUAUUGACCAAUAUACUGAUGCAACCAUGGUAUCCAAGCCUGUGAUCUAUAUGUCUGUGCAAGAAAUCUGUGAUACCCAUCAGCUAUUAUUAAAGCAUCAAGAUACAAUUGCCCCAGACCAUAAUGAUCCUCUGCAUGAGUUACUUGAAGAUCUUGGUGACUUUCCUUCAGUUGAUGCCUUACUUGGUGCUGAAAUUACAUCAUCUGGAGAAGAAGGGCUGGAUGAAAGUGUCAGAGCUCAGUUAGCAAACAAUGAAAUUACUCUAACAUUGACCAAUAAAUUUGAAGUUCCUGAUGAUGACAAAUCGGACAUAAAAGGAAUGAUGAUAAGAACAAAGAAAAUGAUUGUAGAUGUUAUUGCUUGUCAACCUGGAGAGACACUUUCACAGAUUUUGGAAAUCCCAUCAACUGAUGAACAGGAAGAACAUCAUCAAGCUUUGGUACGGAAACGUGACAUGAUUGAUAAAAAAGCAACAAACACAGGAAAGCUUGAAAGACAAACUUCUUUGCUUGGUGAUAACAGAUUACCACUUGAGAUGAUGAAAAAUAAAAUAAAGAAAAACCUUCAAAAUCUGGAACUUGCAAAUUUGGUUACAAGAAAGAAUAAAUACCAGGAUAUCAUUAAUUCCAUUGCACAGGACAUUCGUAAUCAACGACGCUACAGAAAUACCAGGCGCCAAGAACUCAUUCGGUUACGUGCAGCUGUGAAAAGUUUACAUAACAAGAGAUCUUUUUAUGAAGAACAAAUUGAUUAUUACAGUGUUUAUGUGAAGACAUGUCUUGACAAUAUGGCACACAAGGAAAACCGAAAAUCUCGCUCAUUUGGCUUAUUCCGUAAAGAUGACCAGCAAAUAACAAUUAAAUAUAGUGCUGCUCAACUUCAUGAAAAAGGAGUCAUUUUGGAGAUAGAAGAUUUACCUCCUAACCAGUUUAAGAAUGUACUUUUUGAAAUUGCAACAACUGACCGAACAGGUGUGUUUGAGGUAAAUGCCAAGUUCUUGGGUGUUCAUAUGGAAAAAGUUGAGCUUGUUUUCCAGGAUUUACUUCAGUUGCAGUAUGAAGGUGUGGCUGUAAUGAAAAUGUUUAACCGAGCAAAAUUAUCUCGGCAAAUACCGACAUCAACUUCGGUUCCACCCAGCUACAAGCCUUCAUCGUUGGCGACGCUGUCACCUCGUGCAAAUACCGACUUGGUAACAUCUCUACGUCGGCACCACCCAGCUACAAGCCUUCCUGGUCGACAACGCUGUCACCUCGGCAAAUCCAACUACGCAAGCAAGCGACUCCGACUCCUCAAGCAUGCAGCCCACUCGACCCACCCACCGUCGCCUUGGCAACCAACCGCCACGUUUGAUCUCUCUCUCUCUCUCUCUCUCUCUCUCUCUCUCUCUCUCUCUCUCUCUCUCUCAGAGUGGCGUUAUCUCUCUUCUUCACUUUUUCUUUUCUUUGUACUCGCGGAACAAUUUUUACGGCGGAGACUUAAUGAAACUAACACACGGUUGUUUUGUUGA